UCACCGCCCCUACGAGAGGCACUGGGAGUUUAAUGUUGUUCCCUCUGCCCCGUCUUCGAUACCCGGGUAUCCAUUUUACUUUACUGCAACUUUUCCCCUUGCCACUUAUUUGUGUUUUACCUCCCCGACACUUUUGAGUUCGAGAAACUUAGAACGACUGCAGGUUCACCCCCCUCACACCUCCAUCUCUCCCGAGUCACGUCCAAGUCACAAGCCAUGCUGCUACCCUCGUCACUACUACUCCUCCUUGGCCUCCUCACAUGGGGUCCCGGUGCAUCGUGGGCCGCUAAAGUGAUCGUGGUCCCGCCCAUCAUGUUUGAAUCACACCUCUACAUCUUCAAGACGCUGGCCACGGCUCUGCAACAGGAGGGCCACGAGACCCAUUUUCUGAUCUCAGAGGGUCGCGGGGUGCCCCCCUCCCCUAACUACCACCUGCAGCGCUACCCGGGGAUCUUUAACAGCACCACGGCCGACAACUUCCUCCAGUCCAAAGUCAGCAACAUCUUCUCAGGCCGCCUGACGUUUCUGGAACUGUUUGACAUUCUCGACCACUACUCCCAGAACUGUGACGCUGUUGUUGGCAGUGUUGAGGUGAUGACCCGCCUCAAGGAGGCCAAGUUUGACCUGCUGCUGGUGGACCCUAAUGAGAUGUGUGGUUUUGUGAUCGCUCAUAUCUUGGGUGUGAAAUAUGCCGUGUUCAGCACCGGCCUGUGGUACCCUGCAGAGGCGGGCGCCCCAGCCCCGCUUUCAUACGUACCCGAAUUCAACUCAUUGCUCACAGACCACAUGUCUCUGGUCCAGAGGAUCGCCAACACAGCUGUUUACCUAGUGCAGCGCUUUGGAGUCCGUUACAUUGCGCUACCCAAGUAUGACCGGAUUAUGAAGAAACAUGGAGUGAAGCCUCAAGUGGCCAUGGCGGACUUGGUGCAGGGCAGCCAGAUGUGGAUGCUGUGCACUGACAUGGCUCUGGAGUUCCCCAGGCCCACCCUGCCACAUGUGGUGUACAUAGGAGGCAUCCUUACCAAGCCCCCCAACCCACUGCCACAGGAUUUCGAGGCGUGGGUGAAUGACACAGCGGAGCAUGGCUUUGUAGUGGUCUCGUUUGGAGCCGGGGUCAAGUACCUUUCCCAUGACAUCGCUCACAAACUGGCAGGAGCCCUCGCCAGGCUGCCCCAGCGUGUCGUCUGGAGAUUCUCUGGAGUUCCACCCAGUAACCUUGGCAACAACACCAAGCUUGUUGAUUGGAUGCCUCAGAAUGACUUACUGGGCCACACCAACACAAGGGCCUUCCUGAGCCAUGGUGGCCUGAACAGCAUCUACGAGGCGAUGUAUCACGGGGUGCCGGUGGUAGGUGUGCCCCUAUUUGGAGACCACUAUGACACCAUGACUCGUGUGGCAGCCAAAGGUAUGGGAAUCAUGCUACACUGGAAGUACAUGACCGAGGAAGACCUCUACACAGCCCUGACCAGUGUCAUCAAAGACACCAGGUACCGCCAGCGAGCACUCACUCUCUCCAACAUUCACAAAGACCAGCCCGGCCACCCUGUGACCAGGGCCGUCUACUGGAUCAGCUACGUUCUACGUCACAACGGUGCCAGCCACCUGCGCUCUGCUGUAUAUGAGGUGUCUCCCUACCAGUACUUCCUGCUGGAUGUGAUUUUUACUGUAGGGGCUGCCUUGGCUCUGACCAUAUUUGCCCUGCGGCGGUUGGUACGAUUGCUGAGGGGGAAGGCCGGCGAUCAGAGCAGAGGAGGCGGCGUCGCCAGGGAUGAUGGUAACAUGGCCAAUGGACAUUGCCACAGCGAGAGCAUGGCCAAUGGGAAACACAAACGCAACGGCUCUUUGAAAAACGAGAAGAAGAUCAAUUAAUGUUUUGAAUGGCCAAGAGGGACGAGGAAGAAGUUGCCCCAAGGACUUAGCUCUAGGUUUAUUUUAGUGGUUUCAUAAAAGCUUUGAGAGGAAAGCUGUUCUUAGGGCUGUGUCGAGAGGCAACUGCUACUCUGAGCGAGCAAGAGGCUGUAGGAGGAUACACCAUGCAUCGUGUGGGGACAGAGCAAGGCAUUGGGUGCUCAAAAUCUGUGUGUGUGUGUGUUUGUUGGUGUAUGUGUGCACUGAGGCGAAUUUAAUGAAAACUCUAACAAAAGCAGCUACUGCAAUACAACACCAAAUUGAAAAGUAAUUGAGGAUGAAACACAGGGAAGACACAUUGGGAGGACAUAGUUUCUUCACGUGCGUCAUCUCUCCUGCAUGUUUUCUGCUGUCUUCCUGCUCUCCUUACCAGUCGAAGGAUGCUAAAGAGGAGAAAUCCUGAGCGCCAACCCCUCAUCCUCAGAACAAAAAAAAGAAAACAAAUGGAUGACUGAUAAAUAGUUAGGAUUUAAUGUUUUUAACUGCAAAUUCUGCCUCAACAAAUGUCUGGUAAACUGUAAAUAGAGGACCAAUCUAUUUAUUACUGUACACAUUUUAAUGAUGAACCUUUUUAACCUAUCUAUUUUUAAUUUAUUUGAUGUAUCAAUGGUGUGAUACCAUUAUGGUAGAUAAACACUCCCUCUUCUAAUCUAACAUUUGCAAAGGAUUGUGUGCUUCAUUUUGGUGAAACAAACAAAGCAAAAGACUGACAGCUGCAGUCAUUACAAUUUUGCACAGCAGCUGCAUUGUCCACAGUGGGCUUGUUUUUCAAAAUAAUCCGUGAUGAAAAUAUUUUUGAUUUUCCCUCCUCUUCACAUGGUAGUGUCAUCCUGUGACAGCAUUUGGCUGUGCAGCAGUCCCAUUGUCUCUGGACUGACAGUUUGUUGGGGUAGAGAAUAACUCAACUGAACUCUGUUUGGCUUAUCAGUGUGAAAAGUUACCGUCAAAAAAUAUAUAAAUGACUUCUGAGAAUACUGUGGAUCGGCAGAGCCAGAUCAGAAAUGUGCUCUGGGUCAUCCAGGUGAUCAGGGAUGAGUCAGAGCAUUAUUGAUGUAUGAUUACUUGCUCUGUCAGUCCCAUUUCCAUCUUCUAUUUAUUAAUCAGUAAGGAUUCAUCACUUGAUUGCCAUUUUUAGCGCGACACAUGACUUUGUACAUUUCUCUAUGAUUCAUUUGGUGGAUCAUUUCUAACAUACUGUAUGUCGCAAAUGCUAGUUUUGAAUUACACAGUUCGGGGAAGAAAUCCAUUUAGCGCCUCUCUUUUGCAAGUUUGUUAAGCCCGUUCGAUUUUGUUAUUGAGCUUCACGGACAAACUAGGUCAACCUUAGGUAAUUAUUUUAACUUUUAGUGUGAACGAUUGAUCUGUAUGUGGCCUUUUGUUAUGCAAAUAUUUGUUUAUGCAGUAUGCUUGAAUACAUGUGUAGAUGGGCUUGUUGUUUGCUUGUGUGUUUUAGAUCACUGUACAGCUUUAGACUGAGUGUACGGAUGAAACAAUGUAAAUGAGGUUUGUUUCUCGACCCCUGCAUCUGUUAAUUCUCAAUGCAGAUGGAGAAAGGGUGAAAGGAGGGUGAAAGAGUGAAUUAGUUCCAACAACAAAGGUGAACCUCACUACUUCUACAAUGAGUGACACCGAUCCUCGCAGCGCAAUUCUCUUUCCUUGAACCCCCGUCGAGGAGAUCAAAGUACAGGGCGAGCUGGAAGAGUAUCUUUGGAGUUUGUGGGGAUUCGGUAUCUUGCUAAUGGACAUUUCAGAAGGGCUGGGGCUCAUGGACACGGGACAGAAAAAUCUCAUGAACAUGAGACUUCCAGUUGGACAGUUCAUCAAACCACCAGGCCACACUUACUGUAUUUUCCUCCCAUUGUUCCAGCUGCACCGUCCAUCUACUUUUUAAAGUUUCAAAUUGCAACCACAAUUGGCACUCUAGCAAACAAAUUAUUUACCAAAUUACUAAAGCCUCACAAGUGGACAAUAUAGCAAUGUAUUUGAAAGUAACAGAGUGAAUGCUCCCACUUAACCUGUCAGAAGUUGUUGAGGACCUAACAUCCAACCCCGUCCUGUAUGAUAGUUGAGAAAACCUUCAUGAUGUUCCUUUCUCUGUGAGCUACAACUACACUUGCACAGCCCAACCAACCCAGCCCUGCUGAGAACAGACUUUUAUACUUGAAACAUCAUCAUUGUCAUCAUCAUCUAUAACAAGUUCAGCUGUUGGGUAUGGUAGGUGGACCUGUAGGUGCUACACAAGCUAUGAACAGGGUCUGGAAAAGGAAAAAGAAAUUGUGAAGAUACAUGUUUUUCCCUUAUUAUUUUCAGUAUUAAUGUAUAGCCCACAUAGUUUAAAUGUCCACCAACGUCCAUCCUUAACUCCUCUCUUGUGUCUCCACUGAUUCUGCACUCUGACGUGUCUCUGUUCUUGUGGCGUUUGCAUUUCAUCAGCUUGAAGUUUUUCUUUGUUCUGUCUUCAAUAGUGCACUUGCUUGUUCCAUUUGUCCACCUCUUUGUCUUACUCUUGACUUCCUGGUGUAUUUAGCUGUCAUUGUAUUCAUUGUAGUCUUUUUCUUCCUCCUCCUCCUGAAAUAAUAGAUGUCUCCACUCACUCACUUUCCUUUUAAUCCUUCAUUUUACUUUGAUUUUAAAAUGACAUAUAGUCCUCAAUUUUCCUGUCAUGUGUGUCCAUGUUGUAAAUAGAACAAUGUAAACAAAAAGCUAAUGCUGAAUAAAAAUGACAUUUUGUUUGCA